AUGGUUCGACGGAUAGCAUCUCAAGUCCACCAGCAGGCUUCACGUCUCCUUCGCGCAGACUACAUCAAGCAGCGCCCAGUGUGGCUCGCUGCCGUCCUCGAGCACCCACCACUCCCUCUCCCUCCCAAAGCACCUGCAGCACGAACUGCCUACGACACGCCUACGCCUAGGUCCACCACUCAAAAGGCUCCAGAGCCUCGUCCAAAGCCAAUCCACUAUUUGGAAGAUGAAGUCCGACGCCAGUUCUUUCGCGACCACCCCUUCGAGUCCUUCCGACCCAUAACCCUCACCGAGAGCGGCAAGGUCAAGCCUGAGCAUCCUAUCCAUGGUGCAGUGUGGACGCGCCUUCGCCAGCGAGGCCGGAACCCUUCGCCGGAAGACGCCGUCCGCUUCGCCGUGAAUCUUCACGAGUACCACGGCCUUCCCCUUACCGAAGCAUACUCUACGUCCAUUGCUCAAUUCCGCGCUCUUCGCUCUGAGCAUCACAUCGCUUCCGCGUUCGCCGCACAAGAGGCCGAAGCUUACGGCGCAACCUUUGGUCCGUCCGCAAUCGAGAACAGUUUCAUGCAGGAGGAGAAGGUGCUUGCCGAGCGGCGUAUCAAGAGCGAGCAAAUGGACGAGCGUGAGCUCACCGCACGCAAGCGUUGGCGUGCCGUAGUCAAUCGUGGUGGUUCGCCUGGAGAGUGGAGCCGAGGUCAGGAGUAUGUCAGACUUUGGAAGGAGGGCGUCAGGCCGGACUAUUCUCCUGCAUUGACGGAGCCCGUGUCGCCUAUAGAGCCUGUCAAGGCUGACUUCACGCCGAUCACGGAGUUUACACCCAAGCCAUGA